AUGGCAGAAAAUCGAACACUGAGAGAGCUAACAGCUCCUAACUUGAACCAACAGCCGUUGUGCAUCGCAUAUCAGCAGUUGGAGGAAGGUGCUAAUGUUGAGAUCAAAUCUGGUCUAAUUCAUCUAUUGCCGGCAUUCCAUGGCAUGAAGGUGAGCAGACUUGAAGCUAAGGAUUCGGGAAAACUUCCAUCUCAAACGGAGUUGAAUCCUAAGCAACAAGCCAACGCUAUUACAUUGAGAAAUGGCAAGGAGCUGAAAGAGACUGAAAUUGCAACUAAGAGGGCUGAAGAGUUGAUUGGAGCUGAGGAGAAGGAAGUGGAACAUGAAGCUGUAGCAAAUCCUCCCACUUUUCCAUCUUAUGAACCCACACCACCUUUUCCUGAAGCUUUGAAAGAAACGAAGAGGUAUGAGAAGGACAAAGAUAUCUAUGAAACAUUCAGCAAGUGUGAGGUAAACAUUCCCCUUUUGAAUUUAAUAAAGAGUGUUCCUCGAUUCGCUAAAUUUUUGAAAGAACUUUGUACUAUUAAGAGGAAGCACAGGUUAGGAGGGAAGGAAAAAGUGAAAGUCAGUGCUCAUGUUUCUGCAGUUUUCCAAAAGAAACUUCCUGAAAAAUGCAGUGACCCUGGUAUGUUUACUGUUCCAGUUACAAUAGGGGACACCACUUUUCGUAGAGCAAUGUUGGAUUUGGGUGCAUCAAUUAAUGUUAUUCCAUAUUCACUGUUCAAAUCUUUGGAACUUGGACCCUUACAUGACACCGGGGUAGUGAUUCAAUUAGCUGAUAGAUCAAAUGUUUAUCCUAAGGGAGUAGUGGAAGAUGUGCUUGUGAAAGUUGAUGAACUAAUUUUUCCUGCUGAUUUUUAUGUGCUUGAUAUGGAACAUGAUAGACAAGCAGUACCCAUCUUGUUAGGAAGACCUUUCUUGAAAACUGCUAGGACUAAAAUUGAUGUUUUUACUGGUUCUUUGACUAUGGAGUUUGAUGGACAAGAAAUUGUGUAUAACAUCUAUGAUUCCAUGAAAUACCCUGUUGACACUCAUUCUUUGUGUUCCAUUGAUAUCAUUGAUCCUAUAGUGCAGGAUGUCUUCAAUGUUGAGGGCGAGGAUGCGCUCCUCACUUCCAUUUCUAAUGAUUUAUCUGCUGAUUGUUUGGAUAUUCCUUUGCCUAAUAGUGUGCAGAUGAUGGUAGCAGAGUUGAAUGGUCAUUCCAAGCUUCCACUUAGACCACCAGGUUCGACACCUACCCCAUUGACAGUGCCUACUGAUAAACUCUUACCUUCUGUUUUGCAGGCACCCCAGGUGGAGCUAAAACCACUUCCUGAUCAUUUGAAAUAUGUGUUCCUUGGUCAGAACGAUACUUUACCUGUUAUAAUUUCAAGCAAAUUGACCAAGGAGCAAGAGGACAAGCUAUGGCAUGAUCGAAUGAUCAGGAAGUUAAUGGCCAAGCUAUGGCUAUGGCAUGAUCGAAUGAUCACGCGGAAGGAGUUUAAAGUCGGUGACAAAGUGGAGGCCUUGGGAGCAAUUUUUAUGCGCGAAACGCAGCAAAAACAGAGCAAAACAGAGACAAGGGGGGCUUUCCCUGCAGAAGCCGCUGGCAGCUGCUCUGCAGCCGCUACCAGCGGGUCUUCUUGCAGCCCAAACCCCUUUGUUUCUGUCCCAGCCGCUGGUAGCUGCUCCUGA